GCCACGCCUUCCGCCACCACACUUGUAUAUAACACCGCCGAGGAGGGCUUGUCACAGUACUUCCAAAUCUCCCGCACUGAACACCAUGAGCAAGUCUGUGUUUCUCGUGCUGUCGAUGCUGAUGCUGCUGGCCGCCGCCAUGCCGGCCCCUAACCCUGGGCCUGAGCCUGAGCCUGGCUUCGGUUGGUCUGGCGGCCAUGGUGGCUAUGGUGGCUUCAGAGGUGCCUUUGGUGGUUUCAGUGGUAGUAAUGUCGGCUAUGGCGGCUUUGGUGGAUAUGGCAGUUAUGGUAGUUAUGGUGGACACAGAGGUCACAGUGGUUAUGGCUACCGUGGUUAACUCCAUCUCCCUUCCAAACAGCAGGAAAUUGAUUCAUUAACUUCAAGAUCUAAUGUUCAUUGCUAAAAGUUGUUUUUUCGAAAUAAAUGUGAAAUAUUUCUGACA